GGGAAGCCACAGUUGGCCACCAACCCUAUGGAUGCGACACCACCGCCUCCAUGUAUAUAUAUGCGUGUGUUGAUGCGUGUCUAUGCAUUAACGAGAAUCAGAACAAAGUGCAGAUAACGAAAACGAGGUGUGCCUCUGUUCUGACCCACGUCUUUCUCGGUCCCUCUGCUUCUGAGUCCCGCGAGAAACGAUAACUUUUGUUUUCUCUUCCUCUUCAGUGGGACCCCAUUAUUCUUGUGUUUGCAUCUUCCUCCUAAACGACGAUCCACUCAUUCCCACAUCAACCCUUUCUCUUCACUCUGUCGUUUCGUAGCUGCUUCUAUCUUUGUUAUCUUUCCCUUUUCUCGUUUCUGGUUGUGGUUCUACUUGAAUUGUUUGAUCCCUUUGAACCAUUUCCACUCCCUCAUCGUUACUCGUUGUUUUACUGCAUAUUGAACCCGAGAUUUGUUUCAGAAAUUUCGGAUUCGCGAUUUCGGUUAUUUCUCUGUAACCCCGUUAAGUUGCAUCUAGAUUUGAUACCUGAAUUUGAAGUUUGUAUUUGAUUUUUUUUGGGAUUCGGUUGGUUGGUUGGUAGGUGGUUGAUUUGGCGUUGUAUCUGGGGAUUUGCUGGUCGUUGCAUUUGUGGUCUUCAAUGGGCUGUUUGGAUGAGGGCCAUUUCAAUGUUGAGCAUGAUAAUGUUGUGAGUAAUGGGUGUGUUGAAUUGGGUUUAGAAGAGGAGGGGAAUACAAGUGCCAUUGAAGAUGCUGUGAAAGUUCUGUUGCUCGGUCUGGGGGAAGAUGUGAACAGGGAAGGUCUCAGAAAGACGCCACUUCGUGUGGCCAAAGCCCUUCGUGAGGGAACCAGAGGUUACAGACAAAAGGUGAAGGACAUUGUUCAGGGUGCACUGUUUCCUGAAGCUGGUCUGGAUAAUAGAGUUGGACAUGCAGGGGGAGCAGGGGGGCUUGUGCUUGUUCGAGAUCUAGACCACUUUUCUUAUUGCGAGGCCUGCUUGCUUCCAUUCCAAGUCAAGUGUCAUGUGGGCUAUAUCUCUUCUGGUCAAAGAGUUGUUGGUUUAAGCAAGCUCUCGCGUGUGACUGAUGUAUUUGCUAAACGGCUCCAAGAGCCUCAGCGUCUGGCGAAUGAGAUCUGUACUGCUUUGCAUCAGGAAAUAAAGCCAGCAGGUGUUGCUGUUGUAAUCCAGUGUUCUCAUAUUCACUUUCCAAACAUAGAAUCAGUUCUUCUUGACUCCAAACACCAAGGAUGGGUGAAGAUACUUGUUUCUUCAGGUUCAGGGGUUUUUGAGAACAAGAGUGCAGAUGUAUGGGCUGAUUUUUAUAAUCUCCUUAAAUUUAGAGGCAUUGAUAGGGAAGAAAUACAGUUUAGAGUAUCAUCUGAUCAGUGCUGGUGUCCCUCUCUGUCUUCCCUUUCCGCUGAAGCUUCCUCCAAAAUUGAAGCAGUCAACCCAGUGACUGUCGCUGCAGUAGCCUCAAUUCUCAAAUCUUUGGGUGAAGAUCCAUUGAGGAAGGAGCUUGCAGGAACUCCAGGUCGAUUUGUGAAAUGGUUGAUGAACUUCCAGAACUGCAACAUGGAGAUGAGGCUGAACGGUUUUCUUGGUAAUGGUAUGAAUUCUUCAGACACCAAUGGGAACGCUAACUUGAAUGACAAACAAAUAUGCUCUGAACUGAACAUGCCUUUUUGGUCUCAGUGUGAGCAUCAUUUACUUCCAUUUCAUGGUGUUGUUCACAUCGGAUAUCUUGGCUCCGAUGGAUUUAAGCCCAUCGGAAAAUCCCUUUUGCAGUCCAUAGUACACUUUUAUGGUUUCAAGCUCCAAGUUCAGGAAAGACUUACCAGACAAAUAGCAGAAACCAUUUCACCACUGUUAGGUGGAGACGUGAUAGUAGUUGUGGAGGCAAGCCACACCUGUAUGAUUUCUAGGGGAAUUCAGAAGUUUGGAAGUAGCACGGCUACCAUUGCCGUGUUAGGAAAUUUUUUGACAGAUGCUUCUGCGAGGGCUAUGUUCUUGCAGAGUAUUCCAAGUUCUACUUCUCCAGAAGGACUAUGAUCUUUGUUUGAGCUCACUUGGAAUAAUUUAGCUGUCGUUCUAAUUGUCAUGUCAAGUUAUCAAAAAAAUUGUCAAUUCUUGUCUCUAGAUUUUAACAUCCUGGAAGCAUGAAGUGGGCGUACUUUAUGUGGAUCUGGAGGGGCAAAGAGAUAUAAACCGGGAGACAAACCUGAGCUAAAUUGUCAGGUAAAUCCAAUUUACAAUGACAAUAAGUAGCAGAAGCAUCAUAAGGAGACAUGUAAAUAUGUUAGACGUGUUACUUAUUGGGAUCCAUAUCUGAUCUAUUUACAUGUCUUUCUUAUAAUUGGUUUGAUGUUUGUGUGUGUCAUAUAGUAGAGUUCCAAGUCGUAAUUGAAGGCUUAUUUGGCAACAGUGCAAGAGCCUACACAUGGAUAAUUCUGGAGAGAUCCUUCCAUUCUAUGGAUAUUCUGAAGAAAAAGAUUACGAGUUUCUCAUGUUUUGUUGUUGUGCCUGUGUUUUACCAGCAGCAAUUGUCUGAUACGUCUUCUUUGUGUUACGACGUUUUAAAUAUCAUUGAUGUGUGCAACGUCCAGUCAGAAAAUUAAAAGAUGCUGUUGAUGUCUGUCCCAAAAAAAAAAAAAGGGAAUCAUAUACCGUUGGUGUUACCCUGCUUA